AUGAGUAAGAAAGGGAUUGCUGACGUUAUACGAAGCGAGGUAAACAUUUUUAUUGAAGAUGAAAAAGAAAAGAGAUUUAAUGAUAAUAAAAAUUUGGAAGAGCAAAAAGAUAGAGAAACAAAGGAAAGACAAAACACGGUACAAAUUAAUGAUCAAGUAAGGGAUCUCGAGAAAGGAGUCAGUGCGAAGAGUGUGAAAAGCACAGAUGGCAAGAGUAAAAGUUCAAUUGGCCAGCGAACAAUGUGGAUUCAGUUUCUUGGGAUUCGGGAAGCAGCUAGAGAACAUAUAGCUACAACUGGUGGAUUUGAAGACCAUGUGCCUUUUACUUACGAUCCUGAGAGUAGAAAUUACUUCGUGAAAUUUGUCUUCAUUAUUUUGUUUUUGAUGCUUUUACUGACAGUUGGUUUGGUUGCACUUAUCCUAAACACGCCUAGUGUAAAAGAAGUCUUCCAGAACAAUUAUCUCACGUGUUUAAUAAUAUCUCUUGUUAUUAUAAUAUUUAUAAGUUGUUUGAUGAUAUGCAGCCCAUGCUCCAGACGUCCACCUUGCAAUUUCGUUUGUCUUUUUAUUGCAGUUAUGGGGAUGAGUUUUGUGGUGGUUACGAUGACAUGUAAAGUUCGAACACAAUUGAUUUUCUAUGCAUUUAUUGCAACGGCCGUUGUUGUCUUUUUUUGUGUGCUUCUGGCAUGCUCUAGUUUCGACUUCACCAAAUGGUACUUAUACGUUGUGCUUAUUGCUGUGGCAUUUGGAGCUGUGGCCACGAUAAUAUCUGUGUCUAUGUUCUUUCUGAACGUCUACUAUAAGCCAAUACAUAUGGUAAUACUUUUAAUUGGGACUAUAUUAAACGUUGUGAUUCUAACAAUAGAGCUACAAACGAUUCUCGGUGGACGGGCCGUCGAAAUUGGCGAGUCUGAUUAUGCUUUGGCGGCUUUUAUGCUGUACACAAGUAUCAUUGAUCUCUUCCUCAAGAUACUUCAGAUGAUGUAUAUUCAUGAUAGAUAA